AUCACGCACCCUACUACCAUCAUCCAUUUUCCCCUACAAAAAGAGAAUAAAACAGCCUGUGAUAGAGCUGUGAACACUCCAUUUCACCUCUUUCUUUCUCCCUUCUCCCUCUUUUUCUUCUCUUUCUUUUCACUUCUUCUCUUAGCAAGAAUAAAACAGCCUGUAAUACAAUUAAUUGUCACUCUCUUUGGCGUUUCUUGAUCUUGUUAGAGAUCAGCAGGCAUGAGCUCCAUUAUCCACUGCUUUCAGAAGAGCCAAGCACUCCCUGUUUCCCAAACCGAAUCAAAAGAGCAACUGCCAGGGCUACGAAGAAGGCUUUCCUCUCUGUCUAUCAAAAUACGGCCUAUAUCUUCACCAGCAGCGUCAUGGGCAUUUCACCGAUCAAAGUCUUUGUCUUCCAUGGGAGAGUAUGCUGGUAGCUCCAUCAGGAAAUGGUGGGUCUGGGGCUGGUCUUGGGUUCUCUCGAGAAAAUCCAUGUUUGCUAAAGACCUUGAAAUAAACGACGAACAAACUAGGAUUCUUGGCUGCCACAACAAAGGCAGCUGGACACAUGUUUUUUACAAGGUUAGAUCUGAGAUAAAAAAACUGUUGGGAUCUGACAAAGUAGGCCUUCCACAAACUUACAGCUAUAAUUCUUUAGAUUACCCCAAGAAUUUUGAUGAUGGAAAGAAAAUUUACAGGUGAUUUGGAAAUUGGAAUUCUUGAUCUUCAUUUUUGAGGUGUUCAAAGAAAGCUAAUCAAGAUUCAGAUCAUAGAUACUGUAGAAUUCUUUUUUUUUUUUGUAUGGCUCUUGAUUUUUAUUUCUUGAAUUUCAGCUUUCCUUUGUUUUUAUAAUGCAAAUGUUCAUUUGUGAAAAGAAACAAUGGCAUGUAAUUAUAUAUAUUGUUCUGUUACAUAAUGUGAUUUUGCUUGGAGGGAAGAGUUAAAACUUCAACUACUUGUUGGUUGAGUUGAAUCCACCUUACUCUACAAAUUGCACUCUUCUCCAAACUCUCCAACCAUACCUACAAAUCUACAUUGUUCAUAAACUCAACUGGCUAGCUUUAUGGCUAUGGGGUGCCAUUAAUGAACAAAAAGAAGUUGUAGCACCAGGGUGGAUUCACUCUAUUAGACAACAUCUGUUAGCUAAAAAUACAGUUGUUAUCAUAAUUUUUUUAUUUCAUUAUU